UGCUGGCUCCAGUGGGCCCGAUCCUGGGCCCCUGCUGCUGCCAUUGCCCCGCCAGGCAGCGCUGAGAGUGGCGAUGGGAGCCCAGGGCUGCGGCAAAUGGCAGCAGCUUUCCCCAGAGCGCAGCCCUCGGGCCCGGCGGGGGCAUGGCCCAUCGGUCAGGCCCAGGCUCAGGGCACCAGUGGCCGGACAGACUAGACCAAGGGUUGCCAACCCUCCCGGAUUGGCCUGGCGGCUCCUGGAAUCGGCCUCGAUGUCCCGGGGGCCACUGAAAGCAAUCCCGGAGAUUGACAUUACGUCAUGUUGGGGGGAAAUCUCCCGGACUAACGACCCUACUAAACCAUCGGGUUCGCCCCGUGCCUUACAGGGCUCGGUGUGAGCGUUUCUGUUACUGUUGCCCACGGGGCCGGGCACAACGGGGUCGGGGUGAUUCCUGUGCCUAGACACCAAUGCCUUCGAGGAGCUGGGCCAUUACUAGUUGGGCGCAAUCAUGCAAAUGCAUCCAUGUGAGAGACUCUCUGGGCUUCCUGUAUUUAUACCUGCUCCUGUAUUUUCCAUUCCAAGCAUCUGAUCACAGAACAGGAUUUAUGCCUAACUGCAGUGACACAGCAAUGAUUUCUUCUUCUGUGCUGCUGGAUGGAGGAGAUGAAGUGGAGUGCAGUAUUUUAAGGUUUCCAGAUCUGGACGUGAAAGAUCCUCUUCCUUUGACAGCCAAAAGCAAUUUCAAAGCAGAAUCAGAUACCAGUGUGAGAAAGAAGUAUGCAUUUGCAAAGAAGAAGGCAUUUGCCCUCUUUGUCAAAGCAAAGGAAGUGCCGGCCACAGCUAGCUGCCCUCCAGCCAUGUGCAGAGCGGGACUGGGGUGGAAAUGCUGCAGACAAACCUUUAAAGACCUCACCGGCAUUCACAUACAUGUCGCCACGCAGCAUUCCAGCGACAUCCGGCAGCAGACAGGUUUGAUUCUGAAGCAGUUGGCUGCUGAAGCCAGCACUUCAAGUAACCCAGCCUCUGCAGACGAGGCGGAUAGGCUCAGCGGUCCCACCUGUAACAGCCAGGAGCUCUCUGAUAGGCUCCCAGACACAAGCCACAUUAGUUUUGAUGAACUGACAUGUGGCGUGGGAGAAGUGCUGUUGUAUUACUGUUACCGUGAGGUGAAAGCCCCACUGAGGCUCUGUGCUUGGCAGAAGUCUCUGUGCCAGCACCUUCAUCUCACUGGCAAGGUGCGCAUCGCUUCAGAAGGCAUUAAUGGGACAGUUGGUGGAAGUAAAGUAGCUACCAGUCUUUAUAUAGAGGCAAUGCUUUCCCACCCUCUGUUCAAAACCAUUUUGUGCAGAGAGGAUUUCAAGAGCAGUGCUGGAGGAGCUCACUGUUUCCCAGACCUUCGGGUUGGCGUAUUUGAAGAGAUCGUACCCAUGGGCAUCAAUCCAAACAAAGUCUCCUACAAAGAAACCGGAAUCCAUUUAUCCCCUGAGGAAUUUCAUAAAGAAGUAGAAAAAUAUUUAUCUCAGGCUCCUCAAGCACAAAGCGACACCAUUUUACUGGACUGCAGGAACUUUUAUGAAAGUAAAAUAGGUCAUUUCCAGGGCUGCCUGGCGCCCGACAUCAGGAAGUUCAGCUACUUCCCUAGCUACGUAGAUGAAAAUCUCGAGCUGUUUAAAAACAAGCGCGUGUUGAUGUACUGUACAGGAGGGAUCCGCUGUGAGCGUGGCUCUGCCUACCUCAGGACCAAGGCUGCAUGCAGGGAGGUUUACCAGCUCAAGGGAGGCAUCCACAAGUACCUGGAAGAGUUUCCUGAUGGGUUCUACCGGGGGAAGCUGUUUGUGUUUGACCAGCGUUACACCAUCUCGUCCAAUGAAGAUGUCAUUGCAGAAUGCAGGUACUGCGGGACACUAUGGGAUCAGUACAACCUGUGCUCCAGCCUGCACUGCCGGCAGCUUGUCCUGGCCUGCCCAAGCUGUCAAGCGAAGGGAUUCACGGCUUGCUGUCCCAUUUGUCAGGAGAAAGGGCUCAAGCUGGCUUCAAACCCUUCUGGAUGGCUGGUCAAGGAGGAAUGUGAAUGCACAGACAGACGGCAGCGGGUCCCAGUCAAACACGUGUAAGAGAAGCACAGGAAAAUGCUCCACUGGGUAGUCUUCCAGUUCAGCGUGUGAGGCUGUCGCCAAGCCACUGUCAGUCAGCUAGUGCCUACAGCACUGCCCAGAUGAGUGAGAAAUGAUGGGGAAGUAUUGUCAUCGCAUGCAGUUCUGUUAACUUCAGCUGGGGUGCCCAGAUCGAACUGGGAACAGAAUUUGGCCUUGUACCCUAAACACACCCAACAACAGACCUGAUUCGUUCAAAAGACUGUGCCAAACUUGUCAGUCUUCAGAGCUUGAGUCCUCUGCUUGUCCUUUCCCCAUUAAAGCGGGGACGGAAGCAGUGUUUGUGAACAGGUGGCAGCCCAGGAAAUCUGCUAAUCCAGUUCAGGGCAGCAGCAGCCCGGGCUUCCCAGAACUAACCCUGCCAACUACGGCUUAACAAAGCACACGGACCUGCCAAACUCCCCAGCACUAGAGCUCACUGCCUCUGAGGAUCACUGGAGACCCUGUUCGGUUAAGGCCAGAUUCUGCCACCCUUGCCCUGCACAGCAUCUUACUCUGGGCCAGAAAAGCCGAUUGUCUUACUCACGCUGAGUAGCGCUUUACUCCACCACCAGCCCCAAUGACCGAGUGGAACUGCUGGUAGAGCCUGGUACCCCUCAGCAGGAGAAAGCAGGAAGAGAGUCAGGCUCUCCCCUAGCAAGCACCAGCCCCUUCCGAUUCAAGCGGGUGCUUCCCUAAUUCAAGUGAAAUUUCACCUGACUUGUUUAUUUCCUUGAGAGGUAUUUCCAUAGAUUCUCGGUCAAUGUGCCCGCCGGAGCGCAGGAGGGGAAAUACACACCAGCUACGUUCACAGCUGAUGGGAAUUACCGACAAGCACAGCUCGGGAGCGCCAGCACCGUGGGGAGCAUGGAAGAAUGCAUGCCAGCAGCGUGCAGGCAGACUCACCAAGGUCGUUGU